ACUGUGAACCCGCGGCCAGCCGGCCCUGCGGGCCCCAGCUUUUUCAGGCUGUUCUGAAGCCAGCGGGACUGAGAUGGUGUCCGCUGGGCGCCCCGGGACGGCUUCCUGAGGAAUCCGCCCCGACAGCCCCUCGUCCCAUACAGGUACUAAGUGGGCGGCCCAGAAGUUUCGAGCUCCAGGAGCCCGAAGCACACCGAAGUACGCCGCAGGACCAAACAAAUGUUUGAGGAGCGAAUGCCGAAAGCGCGAGGAGGCGGAGCUAGCUCUGGUCACCAUCUCGCGACGACUUAGUGACGUCGCACAGCAAGCGCGUGUUCCACUCUUUCACCUUCAGUCAGCCUUAGUAUACGGGCCUACCCCUUUAAGCGAAUGAUGGACAGUUAUUUCAGCCUAUCAACUUCCUCGUCAACAUCCAAUCAGAUUUAAACUUCUCUCAGCCGCCCUAGGAGUUGGAAGAAGAGGUCCAAAAAGGGAGCGCUUUCUCUCUCGCGAGAGCGCUGUAAGCUGGCCUUUCAGAAAAAACACUGGAACAGAUCGCCCGACUUCCCAAAUAGUGGGUUAAAGGAUGGAGUCACAAACCAAUGAAAGGAAUGAGGAGGUGGGAUCACUGCUUUUACCGCGCUAGAAGUACCGUUACAGGGCAGACUUUUUGUCCAAUCAACACCUCCAGACUUUGGGUCAGGUGACCCUAGAGUGCGGGGGGCGGAGCUACAGCCUGGCGCGAGGAACCGUUAAGAUGGACAACGAAUAUAACCAAUGAAAUACACCGACUAGGGCGUUGGGAACCCAAUAACAUUGGUUGGGCGGGCGCCUUUCCGGAGCGCGGGGAGAUGUAAAGACAGACAAAUCAUUUUCCCAAUGAGACUGUAGAAGAGAGGAGCUAAUUGACCAAUGAGGACUGUGGGGCGGGAGCCUUCGCCGCGGCGGAGUCCAAGAUGGCGGCGUGCGGUUCCGCUGUGUGAAACGAGCGCGGGGCGGCGGGUUAAUCAUCUCCGCGGAGACGACCUCCGACGACCCGCAACAAUGAAGGGAAAAGAGCGCUCCCCAGUCAAGCCCAAACGCUCCCGUGGUGGUGAGGACUCGACUUCCCGCGGGGAGCGGAGCAAGAAGUUAGGGGGCUCUGGUGGCAGCAAUGGGAGUAGCAGCGGAAAGACCGACAGCGGCGGCGGUUCGCGGCGCAGCCUUCAUCUGGACAAGUCCAGCAGCAGAGGUGGCAGCCGCGAGUAUGACACUGGUGGGGGCAGCUCCAGUAGCCGCUUGCAUAGUUACAGCUCCCCAAGCACCAAAAAUUCCUCGGGCGGGGGCGAGUCGCGCAGCAGCUCCCGGGGUGGAGGCGGGGAGUCACGUUCCUCUGGGGCCGCCUCCUCAGCUCCUGGCGGCGGGGACGGCGGGGAAUACAAGACACUGAAGAUAAGCGAGUUGGGGUCCCAGCUGAGUGACGAAGCGGUGGAGGACGGAUUGUUUCACGAGUUCAAACGCUUCGGUGAUGUAAGUGUCAAAAUCAGUCAUCUCUCGGGUUCCGGCAGCGGGGAUGAGCGAGUAGCCUUUGUGAACUUCCGGCGGCCAGAGGACGCGCGGGCGGCCAAGCAUGCCAGAGGCCGCCUAGUGCUCUAUGACCGGCCGCUGAAGAUAGAAGCAGUGUAUGUGAGCCGGCGCCGCAGCCGCUCCCCUUUAGACAAAGAUACUUAUCCUCCGUCUGCCAGCGUGGUCGGGGCCUCUGUAGGUGGUCACCGGCACCCCCCUGGAGGAGGUGGAGGCCAGAGAUCGCUUUCCCCUGGUGGCGCAGCCCUGGGAUACAGAGACUACCGGUUGCAGCAGUUGGCCCUUGGCCGCCUGCCCCCUCCACCUCCACCGCCAUUGCCCCGUGAGCUGGAGAGAGAGCGAGACUACCCGUUUUAUGAAAGAGUGCGCCCAGCUUACAGUCUUGAGCCAAGGGUGGGAGCUGGAGCAGGUGCUGCUCCUUUCAGAGAAGUGGAUGAGAUCUCACCCGAGGACGAUCAGCGAGCUAACCGGACGCUUUUCUUGGGCAACCUAGACAUCACUGUGACAGAGAGUGAUCUAAGAAGGGCUUUUGACCGCUUUGGAGUCAUCACAGAAGUAGACAUCAAGAGGCCGUCUCGGGGCCAGACCAGUACCUAUGGUUUUCUCAAGUUUGAGAACCUAGACAUGUCUCACCGGGCCAAACUAGCAAUGUCUGGCAAAAUUAUAAUUCGGAAUCCUAUCAAAAUUGGUUAUGGGAAAGCUACACCCACCACCCGCCUCUGGGUGGGUGGUCUGGGACCUUGGGUGCCUCUUGCUGCCUUGGCUCGAGAGUUUGACCGAUUUGGCACCAUCCGCACCAUAGACUACCGCAAAGGUGAUAGUUGGGCGUAUAUCCAGUAUGAAAGCCUAGAUGCAGCUCAUGCUGCCUGGACCCACAUGCGUGGCUUCCCACUUGGGGGCCCAGAUCGACGCCUUAGAGUAGACUUUGCAGACACAGAGCAUCGAUACCAGCAGCAAUAUCUGCAGCCUCUGCCUUUGACUCAUUAUGAAUUGGUGACGGAUGCUUUUGGACAUCGGGCACCUGACCCUUUGAGGGGUGCUCGGGAUAGGACACCACCCUUGCUAUACAGAGAUCGUGAUAGAGACCUUUAUCCUGAUUCUGAUUGGGUGCCACCCCCGCCCCCAGUCCGCGAACGCAGCACUCGGACUGCAGCUACUGCUGUGCCUGCCUAUGAGCCACUGGAUAGCCUGGAUCGCAGGCGAGAUGGCUGGUCCUUGGACCGGGACAGAGGUGAUCGAGAUCUGCCCAGCAGCAGAGACCAGCCUAGGAAGCGAAGGCCACCUGAGGAGAGCGGGGGCCGGCACCUGGAGAGGUCCCCUGAGAGCGACCGUCCCCGAAAGCGUCACUGUGCUCCUUCUCCCGACCGCAGUCCAGAAUUGAGCAGUAGCCGGGAUCGCUACAACAGUGACAAUGAUCGAUCUUCCCGUCUUCUUCUCUUGGAAAGGCCCUCUCCAGUCAGAGACAGACGAGGUAGUUUGGAGAAGAGCCAGGGUGACAAGCGGGACCGUAAAAACUCUGCAUCAGCUGAACGGGAUAGGAAGCACCGGACAGCUGCUCCCACCGAGGGAAAAAGCCCUCUGAAAAAAGAAGACCGGUCUGAUGGGAGUGCACCCAGCACCAGCACUGCUUCCUCGAAGCUGAAGUCCCCUUCCCAGAAACAGGAUGGUGGGACAGCCCCUGCAGCCGCAGCCUCUCCCAAACUCUGUUUGGCCUGGCAGGGCAUGCUUCUGUUGAAGAACAGCAACUUUCCUUCCAACAUGCAUCUGUUGCAGGGUGACCUCCAGGUGGCUAGCAGUCUUCUUGUGGAGGGCUCAACUGGAGGCAAAGUAGCCCAGCUCAAGAUCACUCAGCGUCUUCGUUUGGACCAGCCCAAGUUGGAUGAAGUAACUCGACGCAUCAAAGUGGCAGGGCCCAAUGGUUAUGCCAUUCUUCUGGCUGUGCCUGGAAAUUCUGACAGCAGGUCCUCCUCUUCCUCAGCCACAUCAGACACUGCCACCUCUACUCAGAGGCCACUUAGGAACCUUGUGUCCUAUUUAAAGCAAAAGCAGGCCGCUGGGGUGAUAAGCCUCCCUGUGGGGGGCAAUAAAGACAAGGAAAACACCGGAGUCCUUCACGCUUUUCCACCCUGUGAGUUCUCCCAGCAGUUCCUGGAUUCCCCUGCCAAGGCACUGGCCAAAUCUGAAGAAGAUUACCUGGUCAUGAUCAUUGUCCGUGCAAAACUGGUGAACUGCGGAUUGAAGAUAUGGAAUUCAAAGCUCUAAUGGACCUUUUUGAAGAGAAGUUAUGGCUUAUGUGGAGUUUACAUGGGCCUCUUGAUGGAAGAAAGCUAAUCUGUUUAGUAUUUGUGCAUUUUACUAAAAUGGCAGCUUAAAGUUGUGUAUCUGCUAUUGUGAUGCCAAUGCCGGUGUUUUAAGUGGAAAAAAAAUGACCUCUUGCUUUGUGCUGUGUACACAAGAUUUCUGGAAAAGUAAAGAAAAACCCUUUUUAUGGCUCACACAGCUUAAAAGUAGCUGUCACUCAAACGUGCGCUCACAGUUGAGCUGCUUUUGUUUUAUUCUAAAUAAAUUGUUUCUUUUGAGGAAAAUGU